AUGAAGCUUCUUCUGAGCUUCGGCGCGUGCAUCUUGCCUAUCUGCAAAGAUUAUGUGCGACCAUUUGUGGCCAAGGACGACGUCGACAUUGUGAAGCUUUUGCUUUCGGCUCCAAAGGGCAUGAAUGUUGAGGACUGGCAAUACUCCCUUCAAGCAAAUAUUGAAGGGGCUCCACGUGGUGUAUGCAAAACAGGCACCCUGCUUCAAUGCGUCCAUCAUCGGCCAGAUAUUGCAACUGGGGAGUAUCUCCUCAGAGCCAUCGAUGCGAACAAUGUUGCCGCCGCCGCCGUUCUUCUUUCUUACCUGACUACUCGAACAUGCAUGAUGCCUCCCAUGUUUUCUGUCCAGAAAUUCAGUGUCGCAUCUUUCCUAAGCACAACCGGAAACGGGGUCGAGCAUGAGAAUCUUGCUGUACAGGCAUGCGAGCGCAUCUCGGCAAACCCCGAAUACGAGACAAGAUAUAAGCUCUACUGCCUUCUCGAUGAAACAAAUCUUGUGAGAGAUGUGCCGGCUCUUCGGCAAGAGAUGUCGUACAGCGUCAUGGCCAAAAGGACCCCUAUGAUUCACCUUCUGGUCAAAGCCGGAGUACGACCAUCUAUCGAAGAGGCUGUGUCUAUGAUGGACUUUUCCAUUCUCGGAAUAAUGAUUGCCGCGAUGAGAGGAAGAGACGACGUUCCAAAUCUGCUGUCACUUGUCCGGUUCGACACUCCAGAGGACGAUAUGCUUCGUUUUCUGGGUAUGUUGGCUUCAAACGACUUGCACUUUCGAGGACAGCCAUUGGAUGAUAAGUUCAUCGAAGCAAUUUCCAAAAGGCAUCAUCGCACUGUUGAGGCAUUCCAGAGAAUGGGUGCAACCACCACGUACAAGUCCAUCCAAAUGGUACUCAGCUCUGCCGAUGUCGAGAUGCUGGGGGUUCUACUACAAGGAGAUAUCAGUGAUGAGGAACUUUCUCCUGCACUAUCAGACGCAAUGAAGAUUGCAGAUCCGUCAAUUCGGCGCACGACUGUCAAAAUGCUUGCUGAUAAAGGCAUACGGAAAGAAGCUCUACAUGAACAACUGUGUCUCAUCAUUCAAUAUCCAGACCCUGAUAUGAGGCUCAUCAAGAUUUUACUCCAAUAUCAGCUACCUCUGCAUGGGAAGGGCGGCAGGUUGAAUGUAAUUCACCUUGCCAUUCACAAAGCAUCUCUCGCAGUAAUAGAGCUUCUCUGGAAAUUCUAUCCUCACCCAGCGUCCCUGUCAGAAGCCCUCCCGAAAAGCUUUUCGCGCAUCGCAGAAGACGGUGGGAAUCUUACCCACGAUAUCAUCCAGUUCCUUCUCAAGAAUGGUGUGAAGGGAGUGGGACUUGACAAGACGCUUCUGGUAGCUGCUGAGUCCAAGAGUCCUCGCGCAUUGGAUAUUAUUCGUCUAUUGCUCAAGCAUGGUGCAGAUGCGAACUAUAACCACGGCAAUGCUUACGCAGCUGCAUUGAACGAUUACGCUAGGUUCGAGGUUCUUUGCAAAGCCUGCCCAGUAAAGGAAGUUGUCGCCAAGCGACUUCUCCCGUCGCUACUCGAGGCGAGUAUUGCCAACACACAGGCAUUGGAGCUAAUGCUGCAGUCAGUGGCAUCGAAUGGAUCAAGAAUAGACUUGACAGAGGUGCCAAACUUAUUGGAGGGUCAUCCAAACAUGGCGGCUAUUAUUCCAUGUCUCAUGAAGCAUGGCCUUGAUGUAAACCUUCAGAAAGGCGUGAUCAUACGGUUUGCCGUGGAGAAGAGCGACCUCCCGCUGUUGAAGACUUUGCUCUCCGUCAAUACAUCUACCAAUUCCCUCAAGACUGGUUUCGCAGCUACGAAGAAGACUAAGAUUCGAGAAACAAGGCUUGAUAUGAUGAGACUUCUACUCGAUAAGGCCGGCAACGCGGAAAUUGGUCAGUCUGAAGAGCUAUACGACGAAACACUAGAGGCUUUGUCGAAGUCGGGAGAUGACAGGGGUUUCAAAAUCCUUCUUGCUCACAAGCCACUGGUUGGCACCAAAUCUCUCGGUAUUGCUGCUGCGAUCUCUUCAAGGUCCACGACUAUUUUAGAGAUGCUGCUUUCGCUUCGUCCAAGCGGGGACUCUAUCACCACGGCUUGCAUUGCGGCUUUCAGAUCGCCCAAGCUCAAUGAUGGUCAGAAAGAAGCCGUCCUAGGGCUACUACUAGAUGCCAAGCCAGGGCUCACGAAGGCUGAAACUUCCAGCCUACUGCAUGCGAUGGUAGAGCAGUAUGGAGACUCCACGCUUGUUCCACUCAUGCUCAUGAAACGCGGCGUAGAAGUCACGGCGGCUCACCUCAAAGCUACUCUCAUCUCAAGUAGUAAAGAGUUAUUCACACUUCUAAUUCGCGAAGUGAAGCCCACUAAUGCUAUAAAUGAGUGCUUUACUCAAGCAAUGUCGUCCGCCAUGAUGGUAGAAAGGCGUCGCUGGGUUUACGAAGCCCUUCUAGACACCGGAAAAGUUUCAAUUACUGCUGCCUCGGCAGCGCUCCUCUUAUCACUUAACGAAGGGACACCUGACGUGGGACUGGUAGAGCUGUUACUCAGGCAUGGUGCUGAUGUAAAGUUGAAGGAAUUCCGUCCUCUAAAAAUGGCUUUCAAUCUCAAAUCGGCAGAGGUUGCCGAGCUACUCAUUCAAUUUAUCAAGGACGAUAAUACCGCUGCUGCAGCGUUCGACCUGGUACGAACCUCGACGGCAAUGAAGCCAGCGUUCAGAUUCAGGGUAUAUACUAGUCUUCUCAAACACAAAAUCACCGAGGAUAAACUCACACUAGCUCUCAUCGACACAUUGCAGAAUGCUUCGGACAUAGGUACCAUGAGACUACUCCUUGAACGAGGAGCUAUCCCAAGUGCAGACGGCGCCAAGUGUUUUGUGCUAGCCUGCAAAGCGGGAAAUGAGGCCGCUCUCAGAAUCAUGUGUCAAUAUGCGAAUGUUGAUGCAGUGACUCUGGCUCUAAUUGAGCACUGCUCCAAGGAAAAAGAGGUCGUCACGUGGCUGAAGGCUUGCAUGUCCGAAUUACGCAAAGCUCAUCUUAAAGACUCGAAUCUCCUGUACAUGGCCAUGGCCAAGUUCCCUAAGGGAGGGACUCUAGUAGAGAGGCUUCUUCAUUACGGAAUGUCUGCGGGAACGAUGAAAUCGGCUUCUUUAUGCAAACAGUGGAAACGCGAGCCGAUCACACCUUUGCUUUGGGGGCUCAUGUCAGACUUGAAGAUAUCAAACAGAACUCUACUAGCUCUCGUCGCCAUGGGAGAUGAUGGUAAGCACUACUAG